AUGCAAAAGCUAUCAAACACGGAAGAGCAUGUCAAAAAUUAUCGGCCGCAGGUGCUUCUGCUGGCAGGAAAUCCGGCAGCAAGGCCUUCCCUGGUUGACUUCGCUUACAAUAUUACUAAAGGUUCAAGCCUAAUGUAUGAGCCAUGUGAUCGAGUAUUUGCGUUACUCCGAAAACUGGACCUCCAGAUGAAUGACUGGCUGAAAAAGCGUCAUAUCAAAUCAUUUUAUGUAUCAGUUGCUAAUCCAAGCUUACGACAUGGUGCCCAAACGUUACUUCAGGUUGCCGGCCUAGGGAAAUUAAAACCAAACAUUCUGAUUAUUGGUUUCAAAAGGAACUGGGCAGCUCGGGGAUCAGAUGGCUUGGAUGAAAUUAACGAUUACUUUGGCGUCAUCCAGUACGUUUAUACUGUUCACACGUUCUCCUAA